CCUCUCGGAUCCAUCCCUCCCUCUCUCUUCUCUGCGUCUUUUGCUUUUUGGCUGUGAUGGGGCCCUGUGACUCUGCAUAUCCUGCAUGCCAGGCCUCUGCUCCUUGUUAUUAUUAAAUCUUCACCAAGCAGCAAUCCUCCUUCAUCAUUUUCCGCGUUCCAUUUGCGCACUCGAAAUUUCCUCCUUGAUUUUUCUCUUCUCUCAAACUGUCUUCCUCUCUCUAGUCGCUUCGAGUAUUCUGAUUCCUGCUAAUCCUCUACUGUUUGAUCAUGGCCGAGAAUUUGGACGACGGUGAGUUCUGGCUGCCCCCGCAGAUCCUCGCCGACGAUGACUUAGUUAUGGAGAAGCAUGGCUGUUUCGGCAAGCCAAAGAACAACGACGCCGAACCUUUUCAGACUCUGUUCCCUUCCGAGUUCCCGUACGGAUAUGUGUCCCGUGGAGUUCCUUCUAACUUCAGUUCUCCGGUGGAGUCUGUGGUAGGCUCAAGCGAAACGGAGAGCGAUGAGGAAGAACAUAUGGUGGCGUUAACUCGGCGUAUGGCUUAUUCCACCCUCGAUUUGGAGUCGGAGUUCGGCCCCGGUCUUGACAAAUCCAAGGGUAUGUUUGUAUCUGGUUCGCCUAAAUCCACUCUGUGCACAUUCGGGAGUGAGUGCGGAUGCCGAAAAGGUUCUUCUAGCCAUGGUAGCCCCACUAGUGCUUAUCAGGUAUCGUCUCCAGGGGCAACGUGGGAUCUACUACGCGCAGCCGUUGGGGAAGUGGAGAAGAUGAAGAUGAAUGAAGCUGGCUAUGAUUUUAACCAUCAAAGAGGGCUCUUGGGACCUCCUUCCAGAAAGCCCUCUCCCGUGAACUUACCUGUGAAGAACUUCAAUCCUGAUGUUGGAUUUUACAACCAAACAGGGCUUUCUCACCAGCAAUUGCAGAUAGCUCAAUUUCAGAUGCUGAGGCAGCAACAGAUGGCAAAAGUGGCUUCUGAAAGUGUGCUUAACCAACAGAGGCAGAGUAAGCAAGCGUUCUCAAACAGAGAAGUGAGGAGUAGCGAGGUUGUUGGUGGCGGCAGAAACACCGGUCGGCCUGUUGGUUUGUCUUCAUCGGUAUGGCCUUCGCUGCUGCCGGCGAAGCAGCAGCAGAUUGGGUCUGGAAUGAGAGCCGUUUUUCUUGAGAACCCUGCCGGUAAAAGGGAAAGUGCUGGAACCGGUGUCUUCUUGCCUCGUCGUGUUGACAAUCCUGCGGAAUCACGAAGGAAGCCAGCUUGUUCGACUGUGCUUGUUCCGGCUAGAGUUAUGCAGGCCCUGAAUCUAAAGUUCGACGAGGUGAUUGGAGGCCAGCCUCCAUAUCAAGCUCGUUUUAAUGGUUGUUCCCCCAUGGACAGUGAUGCGCAUGUCCCGAAGGUUCGUAAUAACCAUAACCUUCCUCAACAGAGUGGCUACCUUCGGCCACAGCAGCGGUCAGCGAGCAACGAGAUCCGACUUCCCCCAGAAUGGUCUUACUAAUCUGAACUGAACUGGCUUUAGUGGUUUGCUGUAGGAACUAAUUAAUUUUGGGUUAGGAAAGCGUCAUUAGGAAUUAGGUGUUUUAGAGAACAGAUAGUGUUAUAGAGAAGAAGAAAUAGCAUAAAAUAAAGGGUUCAGAAGGGUGUCUGGUUAAAGCUGAAGAGCACAGCAGUAGCUGCAGUGAUAGCAGUAACUUUUGUUCUUUUUGAUGGGCUCGGGGUAGUCAAAGGCGAGGACAAAAGCAGUGGAUGGUAUAAUAUGACUUCUGCCUUGUUUUGUUGUGCGGAUAAUAAGCAACUGGCAAGCCAAGCUAACGAAGCAGAUAAAGCCAGUUUUUUUUUUUUUAAUCUGAAGAUAAAGCCAGUUAGGAUUAA